AUGUGGUCCACUGAGAGUAUGGAGCCAGAGAAAGCACACACCCAGAGCAGCUUCUUCAGCAAGGUGGAUGUGCCUGACCAUGCUCACUACAUUGUCGCAUUGUUCGUCUUUGUAAUCGGGGCACUGGGCAUCACUGGCAAUGCUCUGGUUAUGUUCGCCUUCUAUAGUAACAAGAAGCUUCGUAACCUGCCCAACUACUUUAUCAUGAACUUGGCGGUCAGUGACUUCCUCAUGGCUUUCACACAGUCGCCCAUUUUCUUCAUCAACUGUCUCUACAAAGAAUGGGUGUUUGGAGAGAUGGGCUGUAAGAUGUAUGCAUUCUGCGGCGCCCUGUUUGGCAUUGCCUCCAUGAUAAACCUGCUGGCCAUCUCUAUUGACCGCUAUGUGGUUAUAACCAAGCCCCUGAAGGCAAUACACUGGAGCUCCAAACGGAAAACUGCCCUGGCCAUCCUUAUGGUCUGGCUUUACUCUCUGGCUUGGAGUCUGGCUCCUCUAGUCGGCUGGAGCUCUUAUAUCCCCGAGGGUCUGAUGACAUCUUGUACAUGGGAUUAUGUCACAUACACAUUGGCCAAUAGGAGCUACACAAUGAUGCUGUGCUGUUUUGUUUUCUUUAUUCCACUGGGAAUCAUCUUUUACUGCUAUCUCUUUAUGUUUCUGGCCAUAAGGAAGACUAGCAGGGAGGUAGAACGUCUGGGGACUCAGGUGAGGAAAUCCACCCUCAUCCAGCAGAAAUCCAUCAGGAGCGAGUGGAAGUUGGCAAAGAUCGCCUUUGUCGUCAUUGUGGUCUAUGUUCUCUCCUGGUCACCAUAUGCCUGUGUCACACUGAUUUCCUGGGCUGGGCAUGCCAACAUCUUGUCGCCAUACUCCAAGGCUGUACCUGCAAUCAUAGCAAAAGCCUCCACUAUCUACAAUCCUUUCAUCUAUGCUAUCAUACACAACAAAUACAGGAUGACUCUGGCAGAGAAAUUUCCCUGCCUUUGGUUUCUGUCUCCUGCUCCUCGGAAGGAAUGCAUCUCCUCAUCCAUCAGUGUGUCAUCUUUCAGGGACUCCAUCAUCAGUAGACAGUCCACAGCAUCAAGGACACACUUCAUCACAGAUUCAUCCAAAUCCACAGACAUGGUCUUGAAGGAUGUAGAAAUGGAGCCUUUAGGGAGAAAGUCAGGUGAUUCCUUCAGGAGUAUGUCAUCAUACAGAGAGUCUGGCAGAGGGAGAUCCUAUAAGAAACAGUUAGAGCAGAAGGCCACCAAGACCCGUGCAGCAGAGAAGCAUCCAUCUGCCAUGAGUGAAUCAUCAAGCACCUGUGAGCAUGAACUGGUGUCCAGCUCUCUAACCAUCGCCACUGUCCCCCUACUAGUACUUACCAGGAGGCGCAGCCAGAGUCUGACCAAUGAAAUUUCAGAUGCUGGGGAGCAGAAACGCAGCAUCAGUGACAGGCUGAACAGCCACAAGAGCGACUCUUUCGAUUCCCCCACUUUCAGAAAAAUCCCACCUAGUGAUCCCAGGUUGCCUCAGGGUGUUCCACGCAUAAUUGUCAUCAGUCCCACUUCUGAGAGCAGCCUCACCAACCAUGACAGUGUCUGCUUGGAGGAGAGUGUGGAGGCACUGGAGAACAAUUUUUUUGUCAGUCUGAACUUCUCAUCAGAGGUCUUUGAGGCAGUGGAGCUAAUCUCAUGACAAGCCGGACCUCAGUAAUUACCCAUGUACUAUUUUCCACUAAAGUUAUAUUAUUUAUUAUAAUUUCAGACCACAUCACGCCACAUUGGCUAUGGACAAAGCAUUCAUGCAAUGAAAUGAAUCUUCUACUAUCUGUUUCUGAGCUCAUUGACUUGUUUUUUUUUUACAUAACUGGAGUGCAGAAGAAGGGCUGGUAUGUCAGAUGAAACACCAUGACCUGGUUCCUGGUAUGUGCAGUGUGCAGUGUUUGUCAGACUUUGGCAGGGACAGGAGCUCCCUGAGGGCCAGUAGGGCUUGCAGCAUAGUCUUGUUAGAUCCCUCAAAAAUGACAAGUGUAACAGCAUAUUUUCAUGAGCUUUGGGGCCCAAACUUGAUGGAAUGGGACUCUUAGUUUAGCAAUUCGUAAUAUGGUGAAAUUGUGAUAAAAGGUUUUGAGCUUUGCCCCUGAUGCACUGAUUCGACCAAUCUAGUUAAGUCUAAUGCUCCUCUGCCUUUUCCUUGAAACAAAAAUGCUAAUAGUAUUGUUGAAAAUGAGAAAAAAUGACCAAAAGAAGCAUGAUUUCUGCUGCUGAGUCAUAUUAUCACAAAUAAAAAAAUAAUCUACAACUGUGAGUGAGGAAAGCAAAGCAAUAACUUUAGGUUGUGAGGAUGUACUCAAAGCGUAUUAAGUAUAUACAGUAUAUUCAACUCUUUGUCUUGUGGUAGUAGUUCCUUUAGGCAGUGUGGACCUCUCCAACUUUUCAUUGGCGGCAAGACAGCAGUGUUAUGAAAAAGAGAGGCUUUUGAUCAGUAUCAACAGCCUCUCUUUUUCAAGUGAGGUCAGAUGUGUUUCAGAAAACGGUGAACGUUUGCUUUGUGGUGACUUUUACUAUGUCUUACUCACUGUGGACACUGUGCUUUGUAACAAAUGCUCCACUCCUCCCUCAAACUAUUCCCAUUCAUGACAAAAUGUAAUUGUACUGUUUUUGUGAAUGCUUCAUUGAUGUUGCCAGUGAUGUAAGUGAGUGUGUGCUUUCAUUGUCCUAUUAAAGGAAGAAAGCACCAAAAAAGUAGAGAUAUAUAUAUACACAUAUGACCAAAGAUGUUUACUUAAGACUUAAUUUUGUUUGUUAGGUGAUUCAUUUAUUGCACUUUAAAAAACCAAACCAAACAACAACAACAAAAAACAAUGUCUUGUUUUAUCAGACACAUACCAGAAUCACUCCAGUCAAUGAAUGGUGGCUGCUAGUUGGCUUAUUAUCCCUGUUCCUAAUUAUGGUAGUCCUUCCACUAAGGCUAAUCCAUAGCAUGCAGCAACUUCUUUAAGUACAGAAGUAGCUGUUUUGCAACAGGACCAAUGUGGCGUCUUGACUUGAUUCACCAAAGCGAAUGUGAACAAAUGUGAAGCUGGUGUGAUUUCUGUAUCAUUGAAUAGCAGCCGGCAGCAGCACACAUGCUAAUAUUUGAACUGCUGCAGCCAUUUACACCAGUACGCCGGAAGUGGGAAAAAGACAUUAGAUAAAAUGAUGACAGAAAAUGUUCACGAAAACUUGAAUGACAGUGUUACAGAAAACGGAUACAACGAAAGGUUUAAAAGUAGAGGAGACUGUUGAAAAGAAGGCUCCGAUGAAUUCAGUAGUGUGGAGAUAUUGUGGCUAAGUCUGACAAGAAGCAGUGCUCUGCAAGUUGUGUCGAAAGCAUGUUCCCACAAAGACAGAUAACACAAAUCUUUUACACCAUCUAAAGCAGCACCAUCCCUCAAAGUGGAGUGCAGUAAAAAUGAACCUUUAAGCUUGACAGAGUAAUGAUUUGAUUUAUAUCCUUAUAUACUGACUGAUAACUGAUAUGAAAAAAAAAUAUUAUAAAAAUAUAUUAUGAUAUGAUUUUUUUUUUCCAUAUCGCCCAGCCCUACUGUAAACAUUAUGCAGUAAGGAUUUUUCAUGUUAGCUUAUGUGCGGAUUAAACACUUCUGAAUCCAACUUCUGGCACAGCUCCAUCAAUCUGAGAAGAGUAGGUAUGAUUAUCCUGAUGUUAUUAAUGCAAAAGCAGGGAUGUGUUACCUUUAACCUCCUGUCUAAAGCUCUGAGCUUGUCAGGUCAAAUCACCAGAUUGACCACUAAUACUGUACAAUUUUGCAAAACCUUGGAUUAUGUUCAAAGACAACUCUUUAACACAUUUGCUAGCUGCAUUGAUUAAAUUCUUUAUUUCGUAAAUAUCAGCCCAUGAAUAGCAACUAUGGUAUGGUUAUUUAAAGGGAAAGCAUGUGGCUAUGGCAAUUAAACUGUGGUGUAAGAUAAGGUAUGGCUGGUACACAUGUGACAGUGACAGCCCCAGUGUCUCUCAGUUGACAAUAACCAUUUGUAUACAAGAGGAUAUAUGAAUAUUAUGGUUCUUUGCUCAUGCCAAAAACUCUAUCUUGAAAAAUCUGUGUUAAGUAUUAAUGCAUACAGUAUACUUACUGUAAAGUCAGCACCACAUGAGUUUAUACUAAUGAUUUAUACUGAUGAAACUGAAUGUUUGAUUUUAAUGUAUCCCUGUCGUGUAUCUUUAUUUUGUUGUUAAGCUCCAUAAAGUUAAAUAUUUGCAUAUUUCUGAGGCUGAAGUUGAAUGUACAUUGAACUGUCAUUAAUUGAAUGUUGCAGCUAAUUUUGGGCUGUAACUGCCAUAUGGACUAGAGGAGAGGAGAGUAAAAACUGAAGGUCACUUGGAUAAUUAUUUUUAAAUUAUACCAUAUGAAGUACUGUGUGUUAUUUUUGUAUUAUGUAUUAUUAUUACAGUUAUUGAUUUAAACAGAUAAGAGUGACAGGCAACAUGGGGGGAGUACUGUUAGUGUUGGUGUAGGGGCUGCAGUGUGACAUUUGACAUAAUCAUUCUUCUUCCUCCCUCAGUUUUGAUGAUACUGAGUUGAUUUUUUUUAAUUUUUUUUUAUUAUAUUUUACCAACAGGACAGAUUAAGGUUGAUCAUUCUGAGCAUUUCUGACCUCUCAGAGAUUUUCUCUCAGUGGUCAAAAAUAAAUCAAAAUAACAUGUCCUGGCAACAUUUUCAUCUGUCACUUUCUUUCACAUUAGUUUGACAGCUAACACCAGAGAGGGACCACCGUCCAGUGCUCACUAUAUAAAGAUACAGCAGAUUGCACAGAGCCUUUGGGGUGAAAAAUAACCCUGUUUUCUUCUACACAGCCAAACACAACACAAAUUCUAAUGUCUAAUACAUGAAUCAUGCUAAUAUAGAUAAUUUAGAAUUAUUUCUACACUGUUAACAUUAGUAUCCUAACAGACUUGGAAAUCACAGCUGACUUAACUUACAUCAUCUCCAGGUCCUCUACAGAGCACAGUCUAUUGCUUUCUCUCUUGUAUAGUCUAAUCAUAUAAUUUAAAUUUACCCACAAUAACUUUUUUUUUUCUUUUUCUUUUUAAUGUAUUGUGGGUUAAUUGUGUCAUUUCUGUGUUCAUUUCUUUUUCAUGCUACACUAAGGUAUAUGCUACAUCUUCUAUCUCUGGGCACUAUUUGCUGUUGGUUAAUGCACUGCUUUCUUUUCCUUUGUAUUAAUGCGAUAAUGUCACAAUCCCUAC